AGAGACAGAGAGACAGAGACAGAGAGACAGAAACAGACAGACAGAGAGACAGAAACAGAGAGACAGAGAGACAGAAACAGAGAGACAGAGAGACAGAAACAGAGAGACAGAAACAGAGAGACAGAAACAGAGAGACAGAGAGACAGAGAGACAGAAACAGAGAGACAGAAACAGAGAGACAGAAACAGAGAGACAGAGAGACAGAGAGACAGAGAGACAGAAACAGAGACAGAGAGACAGAAACAGAGAGACAGAAACAGAGAGACAGAAACAGAGAGACAGAGAGACAGAGAGACAGAAACAGAGAGACAGAAACAGGGAGACAGAAACAGAGAGACAGAAACAGAGAGACAGAGAGACAGAGAGACAGAAACAGAGAGACAGAGAGACAGAGACAGAGAGACAGAAACAGACAGACAGAGAGACAGAAACAGAGAGACAGAAACAGAGAGACAGAGAGACAGAGAGACAGAAACAGAGAGACAGAAACAGAGAGAGAGACAGAGAGACAGAAACAGAGAGACAGAAACAGGAGACAGAAACAGAGAGACAGAAACAGAGAGACAGAGAGACAGAUAUACAGAAACAGAGAGACAGAGAGACAGAGACAGAGAGACAGAAACAGACAGACAGAGAGACAGAAACAGAGAGACAGAAACAGAGAGACAGAAACAGGAGACAGAAACAGAGAGACAGAGAGACAGAAACAGAGAGACAGAAACAGAGAGACAGAGACAGAGAGACAGAAACAGAGAGACAGAAACAGAGAGACAGAAACAGAGAGACAGAAACAGAGAGACAGAGAAAGACAGAGACAGAGAGACAGAAACAGACAGACAGAGAGACAGAAACAGAGAGACAGAAACAGAGACAGAAACAGAGAGACAGAGAGACAGAGAGACAGAAACAGAGAGACAGAGAGACAGAAACAGAGAGACAGAAACAGAGAGACAAACAGAGAGACAGAAACAGAGAGACAGAGAGACAGAAACAGAGAGACAGAGAGACAGAAACAGAGAGACAGAAACAGAGAGACAGAGAGACAGAGAGACAGAAACAGAGAGACAGAGAGACAGAAACAGAGAGACAGAAACAGAGAGACAGAGAGACAGAGAGACAGAGAGACAGAAACAGAGA